GUAGUGAUCUUGUCGCUGCUGCCGGUGGGGGUCUGCAAUGGGGAGGAGCGGCCAUGCCUGCUCCCUUCUUGCGCCGCUGCUGCUCCUGCUGCUGUCGCUGGGCUCCGCCGCUGCGCAGAAGGGCUCGACCUGGAAGACGCUGAGUGGUGAUCCUCCAGCAGUCAUUGCUAAGGGCGGGUUCUCGGGCCUAUUCCCCGAUUCCAGUGACCUUGCUUAUGCGUUUGCUGCCAGCUAUCAGGACUCAACCCUUUGGUGCGAUGUUCGGUUGACCAAGGAUGGUGUUGGCAUCUGCCUUCCGGACAUAAAAAUGGAGAACUGCACAAGCAUAGCAAAUGUUUUCCCAAAGGGGCAGAACACCUACCGUGUGAACGGUGUAUCUACCAAGGCCUGGUUCUCGGUGGAUUAUGACAGCAUUCAGCUAACCAAUGUAUCUUUGGAACGAUCCAUCUAUUCUCGUAUACAAAGAUAUGAUGAUGUCUUCCAAGUAACUCCAGUUGAAAUUGUACUGUCGCAAUAUAAGGCUCCUGCUUUUUGGUUAAAUGUUCAGCAUGACAGUUUCUACAGCCAAUUUAAUCUGAGCAUGAGAAGCUAUAUCCUGUCUCUGUCAAAGCAAUACACAGUUGACUACAUCUCAUCGCCUGAAGUGAGCUUCCUGAAAAGCUUACUUGGGAGAGUUAGCAGCAAGACAAAGCUUGUGUUCCGUUUUCUUGAUGAAGGCAUUGUGGAGCCAUCUACUAAUCAGACAUAUGGCUCAAUACUAAAGAAUCUGACAUCUAUCAAGACUUUUGCUUCUGGGAUACUUGUUCCCAAAAACUAUAUCUGGCCUGUUGCGGCAGAUAAUUAUCUGAAACCUGCUACUUCACUCGUUGAUGAUGCUCAUAAGGCAGGCUUAGAAAUUUAUGCUGCUAAUUUUGCCAAUGACUUUGGGCUCAGCUACAACUACAGCUAUGAUCCAGUAACAGAAUAUCUUGGCUUCGUUGAUGGUGCCUUCUCUGUGGAUGGUGUCUUGACUGAUUUCCCGAUCACUGCUUUAGAAGCCAUUGGUUGCUUUACUAACCUGAACGACACCAAGGUAGAUCAUGGGGCACCUCUAGUUAUCUCCCACAAUGGUGCUAGUGGUGACUACCCAGACUGCACUGACCUAGCUUAUAAAAAGGCAGUUACUGAUGGAGCAGAUGUCAUUGACUGUGCUGUUCAAGUGACAAAAGAUGGCAUACCAAUAUGCAUGAGUUCCAUUGACCUGAAAGAUGUUUCUACUGUUGUAACUUCACAAUUUGCUUCUCAAGCGGUUGUCAUAGAAGAUAUUAAGCCUGUCGCUGGAAUCUAUACAUUCAACCUCACUUGGGAGGAUAUUGCAAACAACCUGAAGCCUAUGAUAUCAAACCCGUGGACUGGAUACACCCUAUCAAGAAGUCCCAGAAACAGGAACGCAGGGAAUUUCAUGAAAUUAUCAGACUUCCUAACGUUUGCAAAAGGAGAGGAUUUGGCAGGAAUCAUGAUUACAGUGGAGCAUGCUUCAUUCAUGGCAGAGAAACUUGGUUUUGGUGUGGUAGAUGCAGUGAUCAAAGCUCUUGAUGAUUCUGGUUACAGCAAACAGACCGCCCAGAAAGUCAUGAUUCAGUCGACAAACAGCUCAACUCUAGUGAAGUUCAAGCAGGAAGCCAAGUAUAACCUUGUCUACAAGCUCGACGAAGAUGUCAAAGAUGCUGCACCUUCCGCCGUUGCAGCUAUCAAGCAGUUUGCUGAUGCUGUUUCUGUUAGCACCAUGUCCGUUUACCCGGCGACCAGCAAUUUCUUGAUAAACCAGACCAACCCUCUUGUGAAGACCCUGCAGUCUGCUGGCCUUCCAGUUUAUGUUCAUCUGCUCAUGAACGAGUUCCCUUCGCAACCUUGGGACUUCUUCUCAGACGCAACGACACAGAUUAAUGCCUUUGUGCAGAAAGGUGGAGGGGGAGUGGAUGGAGUCAUCACUGACUUUCCUGGGACAGCUCACAGAUACAAAUUGAACUCCUGCAAGAACAUGGGAGACAAGACGCCAUACUACAUGCUGCCUCCCCAGCGCGGCGGCCUCCUUGAGACCAUCGAUAAAGCUGCACAGCCAGCAGCAAUGGCCCCACAGAAGGACUUGGCAAGCGCUGAGGUGGUAGAGGCAGCCCUACCUCCUGCCAGCAGCACCACAGCUCCAGCGUCCUCGCACGGGACCUCCAGAAUACGCACCGACGUUUCGUUCCUCGCCACGCUGCUGAUGCUGUGCGCUUAUCUGCUGAUCUGAGGAUACUCUUGCACAUGCGAUGAAUGGGUAUUAGAGCUCCCAGAGUCAGCGCUGAGCUACCCUUAGUUAUUCUUUUUGCCACUUCUAUGUAGCGAUUCAUUUUCUU